AGUAUUUUCGUUAAUGAAAUAUUCAGGUCUCAUUCAAUGCAAAUUAAGUGAGAUAUAGCAUCGGUUACCAUGCGACAUGAAACACUUUAAGAAAGAUCUAACACCUGCUAUGGGGCCUUACAAACAUAUUUUACGAUACGGUGAGCAAACAAUCGCAGGAAAUUAUUCAUCUUAUCAAAACUCUACGCAUUUGGAGCUUAUUUAGCCUUCUGGAACAGUUUCGUGGAUAGUGUUUAGUGUCCUUUGCUAUGUAUAAGAAUAAGUAAAGAAGACGUGAGGAAAUUUUGAAGAAGUAUUAUUUAUUAUUGUUUAACUUCGUGGGCUGCUGCAAGUGUUGUCUUCGUUGGAAAUAUUAUACGUCGAAUUCAACCGAAGAGGCAAAUAUUUUCGGCAUGCUAACAUUACUGAAUAUCAUAGAAAUUUAGAGACAGAAGUAUUGCGAGGCCUUCACCAUGAAUUCUAAUCGAAGGAUUGUCUUCUUCGUCGAAUGGGAUACAGACUUCGUCAGUUUUAUCAAGGGAAUCACUUUGUCGCCAUCGCUACGAGGCGUCAUUGUGUUACACAUCUUCUAUAGGCAAGAAAUUUCGACGAAAUUUCUUCCAAAGUACAAGCCCUGGCUUUUUAAGCAUCCUGCAGCUUCAGAACAGGAAAGUUCCGCUUGGGAUUUGUUGGAGUCUUACGUAAAGAGAUUUAACUUCGGAGCAAACUAUUCGUUGUCGACACCUCAUGAAAAAAGGAGGCCGGGAACCGCAAAAACCUCAGCAAGUCUGGGUAGUCGGGGUGGUUCUGAUGCAUUUGUUGGUAAAUCUGUUCCCACUCAAGCGUACUACGUGAUCUCAAAAUCGACAGAAAGAUGUAAAAAACUGGCUGAAACUGUUGAUCAAAUGCAACAAGUCAAGCUGGAAUGCGUGGAAUUUACCACAACAACAACAUUACUAGAUUUUCUACAAUUUAAAUGUCCCUACUGUAGGAUUGCUUUUACUGAAAAGAGGGAGCUGGAUAUUCACGACAGAGAGAGCCAUGGAUUUGUUUGCCCGAACCAGGAAUGCAAAUUUAACGCAAAGGAAAACUCUUUUCGCGGAGAAACCGAGUUAAAGGAACACAUAAAAAAUCAACUUCGAUGCACAUUUUGCCCCACAAAGGUGUUCUGCUCCUCGGAUGUGCUAGAACUUCAUAAGCGAAGCUCGCACAAAAAGUGUCCCUGUCCUUGUGGGAAAUAUUAUGGCGAGCGAUUGUCAUAUCUGGAUCAUUUUUUCGCUGUUUAUCCUUCGCCCUCUUCAAUUACUUCGUCACCUUCCGCUGGUGAAAGACAGACGAAGGGAGAGUUGGGAAAUAAUCGUGGUCACCUACACGUUGAUAGUAGCCGUAAGAGCGCAGCUGAUAAACUAAAAAACAAUUUGUCUGAAUAUUCGGCUGAACCAUCACGUGUAAACGGUCAGUCGCCUAACAAGUCUGCAGAUAGUUGUAGUCUAGGCGGAAGUAAAGAAAACGUUGCCCAUGAGGGAUGACGAUACAACUAAGUGAAGGCAAAUUUAUGCAGUCAAUUACGUGGUACCAAAGAAUAUUACCUGCUCUUGCCCAUUCAAAAUUAUCCUAAUUAUCAAACAUGUUUGUGUCUGCUGAGCGCGAGAACUACUGUGCUCAUUCUGCCGCCGUAUGAUGCAAUACAACACAUUUCCUUCCUGUAUCGAAAGCAGAAUUCGAAGAAAGCAGAAGAAAUUCGAAUGAACUGACCACAAAGCUGGAUUGGAAACCCAAAUAUCGACAUUGGACUUGGAAUAAGGAACAAUCAGCAUAGGCCAAGCUUCGAACAACCCUUAACUGGAGUCACGAGAAAAACCUUGAUAAGCAGGCCUAAACCACUUCAGGAUAUAUAACUACACAGAGGAGGUCAAUUGGGGGUUAUGAAACCUCCUAAUUUUCAUUAUAUGAUUAGCAGUUCUCUCUUCUGCCUGUCAUACAUUUUUUUGGAAAUUAUUCGGGAGAAUUUCAUGCUGUAUCAAGCAGGGAAGAAUAAAUCUCUUGUGAUCAAGAGAACACCCUCUAGGUGGUUGUAAGUAAUUCGCUAACUUUCGAUGGUCAGUAAGUUUGCGCGGACAUUUAAUUUUGAAAGGUUACUGAUGAACCUCUGGACCGAGACGAAACGUCACGUUAUACCAGCAGUUAAGUAUUUUUACAAGUAUUUGACGUUUUUGACAUUGUUUUAUUGUACAGAAGAUCAUCAAAACUCGGCGGGAUAAAACUUACAACCUUCAGUUCGAUGAAAAGGAAAAAAACUCCCGGGAAGUAUUAUUCGUGAGUGGGCUUAACUGACACUAUUUUUUUUUCCAAUCUUUUUAUUUCCUCAACUGAAGGCAUCGCUCUCAGAGAUUCACAGAUACGAUUCAAUAAAAAAAUCUAAUAAGCAGCCUAUGCUCAAAUUUUUUUUUCGCGUUUUCUCAAAUCAGUCAACGAACUGAUGCCUUUAAAAAAGUCGCGAAGGUAAGUUACCGGCAGAAAUUACGGUGACCUCGAGCCGCGAAAAAAAUUGCGCAAAACGCAGAAAAAUCACCAGUCCAGAAAUGUUUAUAAAUAUUAAAUAAAUAGAAAUACUAAAAAAAGGUAAAUAAUAUAUAUAAACAUAACUCCAGAUGCAUGGUAACCGGAUCUUUCUGUCUCUGUCCCAAAUUAUUUUCAUGGAGGAGGUAGUUUGGAACUUCGAAGAAUCCUUCUCCGUUUCGUGACUUGGUCGAAUUAAGUUGGAUUAACCACGAUAAUAUUUUCCGUCGAGUUUCACGCCCCUUAAGCCAUAAUCAUCCAAGCAAAACCAUGAGAAACAUUCUAAAAAUAAAGAAAAGAGUCGAAGAUAAUAUUUUUGGCUUAUUGAGUAAAAACUGAUACCACAAGUCCUCUUUGAUUGAAAUAUACACUGUCAAUUUUGACUUCUAAUUCAUCCAGAGUUUCAAUUAAGAGAGUUUGUUUUUGUUGAUACAGCGGUUGGUCGGUCUCUCUUCAAACAGACCGAUAGAUGACUGAUACGCAAACAUGGCUUAAUUUUUGUCAAAAAGUAUUUUCAUUAAGAAAAGUACCGCUUUCUAAUGGUCAAAGAUACACUCUUUUGUUCUCACGUGAUUAGACUGCCAUUUUACAAUUAGUUGUUAAUUGUACCACUUCACAAUGAUUCUUAGCCGGGAUGAAAGAGGAUUAUAACUGACUGAAAGCUGGACCAAUAUUGCAACUCAAUCAACAACCUUUCAACACUGCAAUUUCGUGUUCUUCACCGGCCUUUGUAAUUCUAAUUAUUAAUCGCGGUGUUCAGAGUUCUCACUGACCUAAAUAUAUAGAAAGCACGAACUCUUUUGUCUUAGAGACGUCUGGUCAAGACUUGCUGUUUGUAUUUCUUGCCAAACUUCCCUUUUCAUACGAAGACGACUCAAAGAUGUCAUCGUUCUUUUUGUUUUCACGUCGAAUUGAAGCCGCUUAUGAUAAUAAUGUUUGUCAGCCCGUUUGUUCACCUGCGUGUCGGGAACUGUUUCAGUCGGAUGGAAAU